AUGGCUACCAAAGUCUACAUCGUGUAUUAUUCAACAUAUGGACAUGUAGCUAGACUUGCCGAAGAAAUAAAGAGGGGAGCCGAUAGUGUCGAAGGAAUCGAAGCGGACAUUAUGGUGCACCCCCGAAGAAACAACAAUGUUCCCAUUAUCAAACCUGAUCAAUUAGCCGACGCUGAUGCCUUUAUUUUCGGCUUUCCAACAAGAUUUGGGAUGAUGCCUGCCCAAUUUAGAACUUUUAUCGACUUAACCGGCGCCGCUUUGGGGAGCUCAGGAGCUUGCUGGAAAAGCCCGCCGGUUUCUUUUUUAGCACGGGUUCUCAAGGAGGUGGUCAAGAGUCGAACAGCGUUAACCGCAAUUACUUUUGUGGCUCAUCAUGGGAUGAUAUUUGUACCAAUUGGGAAACCAUUGUCGGUAAAACAACCUCCUCCGGAUGUGGUUAAGAGGCGGGAGCCCUUACGGUGCUGGGACUAUAUCGGGUGA